AUGAGCAACCUAUCGUCGUCGCACCUGACCAGCCUGCAAGUGCCCCGCCGCGGGGCCGCCGUCGCCGCCGGUGACGCGGUGGACCCCUACGACGUCCCGCAGCCGCAGACUGCCACCUGCUGCACGGCGCUGCAGCGUGGCGUGGCUUCCGACGGCCUCGCGCAGCCGCGGUACGCGCCGCUGCGGACGCUAGCAACCGUCGACGACGAAGAAGCAGAGGAUGGCGAGGAUGAUUCCAAUAGCGGCAAGGACGACAAGGACGACGACGGCGCCACCGCGACCACGAUGAGGAGCGACAGCAAUAGCAGCAGCCGCAGCGGCAGGAGUAACAAGAAGAUGGUGCGCAAGUGCAAGUCGACGGUGGAUGAGUUGAAGGUGUCGCAGCUCAUCCAGGGCCCGCGGCUCCGGCGCAGCGUCGGCAUGCGCCGGGAUUGGAGCUUCGAGAACCUCGGCAACGCCGCCUAG